CUCGGCACUCGCCACGCUAGCUGCUCGCCUCCCCUGCUCUUUACUCACUGGUCUUUCGGUGCGCGUGCGCGUGUGAAGCCGUGUGAGCGAGAGCGAAAGAAACAAGAGGAGUCCGCGAGAGGAGCGCGAGCCAUGUCGAUCGCACUGGAGAGCGGGCGCGGGCUAGGCGGCGGUGGACCACGGUUCGGCCGCGCCGCCCGCUGUGGCUACGCGGCCUCGCCGCCGGCUUCGGCGGGGCGCGGCGGCUCGUCGUCGGUGGGGCGGGACAGCGACAGCCCCGCGGCGGCGGCGCAGUGGGAGUGGGACGGAGAUGAGGUCGAGGGCGGCGACGGCGAGGUGCAGAGCUCGUACAAAGGCUCGCCCUUCGACACCAUGGACGCGCUCCAGGAGGCCCUGCCCUUCAGGAAAGGGGUAUGCAAGUUCUACAAUGGCAAGUCUGGAUCUUUCGGGAAGCUUCCAGAUGCUGUAAUUCCAUCUCCCCCAGAGAAGAACCUUCCAAAGCCGGAAACCCCAUCCCCUAGGAAGCGCAAAGGUCUUCUUCCAUUCACUUUCAAGUGGGGCAAACCGCAGCGUAAAGAGAUAUUCCCAGAAGAUGUCGUUGACAGCCCCACAAAUUGCAGGAAGAUGGUGAAAUCGCCUGCUGCCACAAGCAGCUCAGGAAGCAAUAGUGGCAGCAACGAUGAACAUUACCGUUCUCAGAAACCGUCUUCCCAUCGCCUGCACAGAAUGCCCAGCGAUGUCAUGGGUGUCUUUGCUUCUACACCUGCGCCUCGUCCACCUCAGCUGUUCCCAGCUCACAUGAGAUCACAGUCAAUGCUUGAUCUGCAGGAUGUGACAGACUCGACUGCCUUGGUUACUCCCAGGGACAAACGCAUGAAGAAUUAGGAAAAGCGGAAUGUUGGUUACUCCCAAGGAUAAGCUUAUGAAGAAACAGGAAAGCCAGAAUGUUGGUUACUCCCGGGGACAGGCGCAUGAAGACUUAGCAAAACCUGAACCUUGGCGCUUUGUCAGUCCAACCACUGGUGUCCAUUUUAGACAGCGGAAUCCAGUGGCCGAUGCCCGCAUGUUAUGCUCGAUGCUCUGCGAGGUCGAAUGGACUUGUCUUCAUAGAGCUGGGAUUCUUCUUAUACUUGAUGUGACGAUGAACAUAGAGAUGAACUUGACAAACUUAUGUCAGAACUCAUAAGUAAUAAGUGGGUUACCGGUUGACUUGUAAAUGCUGGAUUCUGCUUUUGUCUAUUAAUUCAAACAUGCUGCCCGUACUGUCCC